AUGGCGCAGGCUGACGCGAACGAGAUGAAUGACAGCAGCGCUAACGUGAGCGAUAUGACCUGCGAGGAGUUUGCGCAAGAGGUUGAAAAGAGAUUGAAGAGCGAUAGAUACACGAAAUUCAUCAUCGAGGAAGAGAUCAGCGGAGAAGCCUUCCAGGCUGGAGGCGACCCUCUCAUUCAAAGCUUCACGGAUCUAGACAGUGAAAAAAAGAUAAAGCAGGGUCACAUCGUAAUCUUGCAGAAGUACAGACAGUCAAGCUUUGGUACGCAGGGAUCCACUGAUGAGAGAGUCAGCGGUGAAGCUGACAAGGGUCCUGCAGAUUGCCUGAGCAGGGAGCUGGUGGCUGUGGAAGAGGGGGGUGCUUCUGAGGGGGCAAAAGAGAAAGGAACGGAGAAGAGGAAGGCAGCGCAAGCGAUGAAUGAACCUGCGACUGCACAAAACCUGUUCGCGACACUGUGGCAGAGCCAUAAGUGGAAGCACGUCAUGGGAGGGAAUGGGGUCCGGAGGAUGCAGGCAAUGCAUGCAGACCUUAGUAACCGGAUGCACGUGGAUCUUGGCCUGGAAGACUAUGCCCAGGGCGGGAGCAAGGAGAACGAGAAUCUGCCAGAUGAGCAGCAGGAGCGGCUGGCGUCGAUCCACUUGAAGAAGAACGGCAAGGACCGAGAAUGGAGGGACCGGAUCUACGACGCCAUCAUGGGGGAGGGAGAGAGCGGUGGAAUGUUGACGACUCUGGACGGCAAGGUCUUCAGGUGGCCCAAGGGGACCUUCAACAGGACGUUUAAUUCCAUCCUGGACACGAUGAGGAAGAAGCUCCUGAAGGCAGAGAAGUACAAACGCAACCAGCAGAAGAAACUACAGAAGUACCAUGCCAACAAGAAGCUCAAGGGACGUUCCGAAGCUCGCGCUGCGCUCCCGCAAGGAAGCGCCGACGGGUCACACGGCGAAGCUCCCGCGCAGGAGAGCGGUACGCCGUCCAGCGACCCCCCCCGCAGCCCUCGAGGCGAGCCGCGCGCGUCAAAUGCGAACCCGGCGAAGGAGACUGGUGCGGACGGCCCCCCUGGCAUCUUGGACGACCCUGAGGAGGCGCGCACUGCCAUCGCAGCUGAGAACCAGCCCGCUGACCACCCGACGCCUGCUCCCACGAGCGCCACGAAGAAGGCCCCUCCAAAGCCGAAGUCGGGCUGCGCGAUCCAGGGGUGCGCGUCCGCGGCCAAGAUGCAAGAUACGGAGUUCUGCAGGGACUGCUCUCAACCCGUGCACAAGGAAUGCGCGCGCGUGCAGCUGAAGAAGCUAUACGGAGUGCCGCGGUACGACGGGGACGUGCUGUACUGCAGCGAACAUAUCGCCAAAUUCAACUUCCGGAAGGGGCUCGGCGGCAAGUGCGCGCUCCCGAGUUGCGACAAGGCGGGCAACAUGACCCAGCACUGCUGCAAGACCUGCCAGGCGCCGAUGCACAACCUUUGCUACCAGAAUUUCCUACGCCAGGAGUAUGGGAAGGAGGACUUCGACGGCGGCGCCUACUUCUGCAAGGUCCACGCAGGUGCUUUGGGCUUGAAGAAGCUGACGACAGCAUCCACGUCAUCAACGGGAGUAUGCGCGGAGACGCUCCUGGGCCUGUCGGAGCAGGAGGUUGAUUUGCCGGUGAAGAAGCGGUCUGGGGAAAGCGGGGACGCCGGCGAGGAGCAGCAGAAGAAGCGGAAGGGGGGUGGGGACAGCAUGAAGCAGGACAAGAAGAAGCGCAAAACUGGCCCGGAAGCGGAGAAGACGGACGGGGAUGACGGGAAGGACAGCAAGACAGAGGAGGGGGGAAAGUCAGGGAAGGACGGAAAGGGGGGGAAAGGCGACAAACCCAGGAAGGAGCUCACGUCAGCGGAGCCAGAAACCGACCCACCCACGGAGCCGGUCGAGGACUCUGCGGCGCCGCGGCAGAGCAUGCGCAAGGCGGUAAAGUAUACGCUCAUAUGGAAUGCCAGCCAUGUGGUUCCGGACAAGUCAGUGGGGAAGAAGGGGGAGAAGCGGGCAAACGGGGGCGAAAAGGCCAAAAAGGGCAAGAAGAAGCGGAAGACGGCGGCCCCGGAGGACAGCGAAGAUGAGAUGAGCCUCGAGGGAAGCGCCGCGGAGUCCUCUGAGGAGGAGUCAGACGCCGAGGCGCAGACGGACCUGCCAAAGAACGGCGACUUCGAGGACCGGGACGAGAAGCUCUCGCCGGCGAUGCGAAACAAGUAUGAGAUGAUCUGCAUGAAGGGCCUGGAUGUGACCCAGUCUUACAAGCUGAGCACGGAUACCCUCGUUAGCGCGAUCAAGAAGCUCCAGAUUCCGCACGUGUCCAAGAAUCGCGAGCUGCCUGAUCUGCCCCUCGAGUACCUGCUCAAGCUGCUGGCGGAGGGGCUCAUCGACAAAAAGAAGAUCGUGAUCAAGGGCAACAGGUGGAGGGAGGACGCGACAGAGCUGCGCAAGUCGGACAUCAGUCGACCUUUUUGUUAA